AUUUUUAUACCGUAUGCGGGUAUAAACCUAAAAAUGGCGGACGACGUACAGGCAUUCUUGCUCGAAUUGGGAAAGCUAGACGGCAACAUAUUUUCGCUAUGACAGAGACAAUAUUCGAAGCUCGCCUAUGGCUAGAUGUGGCCGGCUUGAUCCAGAAGCUUUCAUUCAAAACUUUAAACGUCUUCUGGAAGGCUACGAGGCAAUUGCAAAGGAGGGUCCUCCUCAAGGUUUCAAUGUGGGUGAUGCAAAAAAUUUGAGCCAUGAUGAGUUGGAGAAGAUCACUAAUGGGUUCUGUGAAGAGAAUUUUAUCCAGCACAUUGGAUAUGGCAGAUUGUUCCGGGGGUUUAUAGAUGACGGUGAAGGAAUGCGGGAGGUUACUGUCAAAACAUGGGAUUUUAUCUUUCCUGGGGUUAUAAGCUAUGAUUCGUAUCCACGAAAAUUCCGGGAUGAAAUUGUAUUACUUGAAAGGUCAGAAUUUAAGUCUCAUCCUUGCUUGAUGAAGUUGAUUGGCUUUUGUUUUGACAAGAAGGUUGCUGUAGUUUAUGAUAUGAAGUUCAAGACACCCUUGUGGAAUGCAGUUCGUUCUGCUGAAUUUGGGUGGAAGGAGCGAAUGAAGGUGGCAACUGAUUAUGCACUGCUCCUGAUAACAUUAAGCCGGAAGCAGUUUGAUGUUUGGAGUAAUGGUUGUACUGAUAGUAUGAUAGAUGAGGAAUAUAACAUUAAGCUGUUGGACUUUAGAGUCCAUGCAUUCCCGCAGACACUCGGGGUUUACAAUUCUGCCACUGCCUCAGAUCAGGCUUCCAUUGAGAAAGCAACUGUGUUUGAACUUGGCAUUCUUCUUCUCGAGUUGAUAACCAAAAAGGAGCGCAAGUGGAAGGAUGGGUAUCAUCCAGGUUAUUAUAUUGAAAAGUUGAAUCGAAGAUCCAUAGUUCAUGAAAGCUUUGAGAUAGAUGCAGACACUGGCACUAGAAUGACACAACUUAUACAAUCAUGUGUGCGUCCUGCAGCUGAUGAACGUCCACGUAUAGACACCGUCUUUGAUACACUGGUAAGCAUAGGUGGGUAUAGUCCAACUGUGCCAGAUUCAUGUCGACGCAUUGAUUCCCUCUAGUUUACUCAUUUAAAACUUCUCAACUACUCUCACUCGCAUAUGUCACUUGUAUGGCUGAUGACCCUGAUGCUUAGACUGGGUAAAUAUGGUUGUAUACACCAUCGUAUCUUAGCUGCACUUUGAAGUGCAUUGGAACAAAAACCUUUUCCAGUUUGUUGUCAUAUCAUGUGUUUAUGUUAUGAACUCUUUGUGUUGAUAGCGCAGAUAGUAGUCUUUAGCAACUCCUCUUGGGAUGAGGUCACCAGUGCUGGUGGUUUCGUUUUUGGAUUGCUCGAAUAGAUUGGAUUAUGCCUUGGCUAUUGGAGUUUCGUCCUUUUAUA